GCUAUGUUAUGACUACUAAUAUGACCACAACUAAAUCUACUACUGCUGCUACCACCACCAUCAACAUUACUACCACCAUCACCACCACCACCACCACCACCAUUAUAGCGAUAACUAUUAUUUCCAGCCCGGUUUCCUGAAUUAUUUGCAUCCCGAAGGAGUGGACUCUCUGCGGACAACGUUUGAUACCCGCCUGUUGCCUCACGCGGCCUUAGGAGAGGCGUGGUCUCUGGUGGGGGUCGUGGCAGGGGCGGGGAUGCGUGGCAGGGUGCUGUCGGAGACUCUAAUCACGUGGGAACCUACCGUAAGAGGCACAGAAGGCAGCCCGCCUCUACUACUGGAUGUCUCUCUUAACUCGCUAGUGUCAGGCGAGCGAUGCAGAGGCGGGAACAAGGGCGUGCAAAUGGAACAACAUAAAUUUUGCCAAGAUUACGACGGUUACUGUGACUUGUGUACGUGUGAUCCACCCUUCCUGCUAUCAGAGGACACCUUUCCUCCUGGCUUCCCCAUGAAAGAAAACAUCCCUAUUACAAUUGUCACCGCUAACAACCCCCAUCACUUGUACAGGUUGCUCAAAAAUCUGCGUUGGGUUGCCGGAGCUGGGCAAACGGAAGUAGUGGUGGUGGUUGACGGUCCCCAUGAAGAAACUAUCAGACUGACAAGAUUAUUCGGUCACCGUGUCAUCGUCCACACUCCCCAAGGCGUCCCCGGGGAGAACACCAGGACAAACAGCAACAUCGCAUUUGCAUUGCACACCGCCUUGUCUCUGUGGCCUGCAGCAGAUAAGGUCAUUCUGCUGGAGGACGACUUACUACUGGCCCCAGACUUGCUCAGGUACUUCCACCAGACUGCGUGGCUUCUGGACACCGACAGUUCCCUCUCCUUCGUGGGCGCCUUCGGGCAGAACUCGUACCCAACCACCGCCGCUUGCCUAGACACGGUACUGAGGGUCGAGAUGUACCCGCAGUAUGGCUGGAUGACGUCUAGGCGAUGGGUGGAGCACAUUCUGCCGCUGUGGGUGCCCCAGGGGGGCGGCAGGGAUUGGGACUGGUGGCUGUACACGGAGGGGCCGCGAGGUGGGAAGGACGCCCUAGUGCCUGAGGUGUCGCGGACGGGGCACGCGGGGGCGGCGGGCGGCGCACACGUCACUGGCUGGGAACAACACCUAUUCUUCAACGGCAGACUCAUUAGCGACAACGUUUCACCUGUGCUUACCGGUCUGCCAAGGCUGGUCGGCAAGAAUUACUCUGAGUGGAUGGACCAGGAAAUCCGCCACGCCAAAAAGCUUCGCCUAUCGGCCCAUCCCUGCCAUGUCCACCCCGUGCCGGCCAAUCAGACAGGUCCCUUUGUUCUGUUCCUCGGUGUUGUGAGCCGCGCUGAUCCUCAUAACGCAUUCUUCCUCCUGCAGACGUGUCUGGGCACGGAUGACCAAGAGGUGAAGGAGUUAUAUGAGGGAGUGAUCAGGUUGAGAGUACGCCCUUAUUCUCCUAUCCACUCUCACCGUGCCCGUGCAGACCACCUACAAUACGCCCACAGCUGCAUGGAUCCCAAAGCUAUGCAGAAAAAGUUCUAUGGGAGAGGCGGGAAUGAGGAAGAAGAGGAGGAGGAGGAGGAGGAGGAGGAUAAGGGGAAAGUGUUGUAUCUCGUUGGCUGUCCUCUAUCUAAGUACUGCAAACACUCCAUUGGAACAAGAGAGUGGACGGUGCCGACACACGCAGCACUGAAGGAGGCCAUGAAGAUAGCUUGGCGGAGGAGGAUGGAUGGCAUAAGACGGCAUCAUAGGGUGCGCGUGGCUGCGGCAUUAUUGGACGAACGAUUUUCACUCAAUAACACGAGACGAAUACGACCAUCACCACCACGACCACCACCACCACCACUACUACCACUUGCACUACCACUACCACCACCAUCACCACCACCACUAAAUCCCUAGAAAUUAAAAGGUUACGGAAAGUGAGAGUGUUUGGCAAGAGAUAGAUAAGUAAAUUAACCAAUCGAGAGAUAGAAAUAAAUCAUUCACAUCAUGUACUUACGCACA